AUAAUCGAUUUGGAUGUUUUUAAAUUAGAUUGAACUACAGUAGAGCUACUGUGAUUGAACAAUGAAUUUUAUAACUUCAAUCAGAGGCACAUUAUCAUCUAAAACACUGAUAAAUACUGCACAGAAUUUUCAGCAAAUAAGGAAUAAAUAUGUCAACCGCUGGAUGAUCAGGGACGUAAAGAGACGUAAAUUAACCACCGAACUUGCCCCGAUGAGGCUACGAAUAAAUUCUCUUCGAAAAAACGAUGUACUUCCUCCUGAAAUUCGAGAACUAGCUGAUGCAGACAUCAAUGCAAUGCCUAGAGACUCUGCUUUGGUGAGGUGUACAAAUAGGUGUGUUAUAACUUCCAGGCCCAGAGGAACUGUGUAUAGAUGGAGAUUAAGUAGAAUUGUAUUCAGACAUUUGUCAGAUUAUAACAAACUUUCUGGUGUUCAAAGAGCCAUGUGGUGAUUAGCUACCUAGUUAAUGAAGUGUUUCAAAUCAAUGGCUUAGUGGCAAUAACAGGUAUCAUGUUUCUUCAAGUUUUCAGGAGUCAACAUUUAUGGUCUAUGUUGUCUGGUUUUGGAUAUCAAAAUGUAUGCAACAUCAAUAAUGCAUAUCAUAUUCUGCAACUGCAAGAAUGGUGAAGUCAUUUCAUCAGAAUGAAACUAUGAUCCAUGUGACCAGUUUAUUUGAAAUAUUCUACUUCAAGCAAUAAACAAUCUCUUAUAUAAUAAUAUAUAACCUGUGGUUCAAAAACAUAUAGUAUAUUGCUUACUCAAGACAUCAUUCUGAAGACUCUGAAGACUACUUUUUUGGUUGAUAGGUGGUGUGGUAUUGGUAUUACUUCUUUAAUUGAUACAUGGUAUUGCUUAUGACAGUGAAAUAAAGUAUUACUAUUGGUCCAAGCAAGCAUGUUGCAUGUUGAGGAACAAAAAUCCUUGAAAAUCAUAUUUUCUCAAAUUUGAUAUGUGGUAUUACCACUAAGCCAUCACAAUGUGUAGAAUAUACUUACUAAUUUGACCAUUAUUUAAAAAAAGCAUCAGUGGCAUUGUGAGUUUGUCAUCUGGAGAAGCAGCAAUU